UGAUAUCUCACUUUGAUUCAUCCAUCCAUCAGGGAGUGAGGUACACCAGACGCAGUAAAUUAAUUGCAUGGAUGGAUAGAGUCCGCCGGUCCGACUUAUCAGUCAAUCAGUAAACAGUACAUAAUUAAUUCGUUCCUUGUGGUGCUUGUUUUUCCAUUUGUGAUUUUGUCAUAAAAAAACAAAAAAAAACAUCAUGGGAAACGAGACGCCGGAUUUUGACGGUCAGACGCCCUCGAGUUCCACGGGUCUAAAUAGUGGUGGUGGCAUGGACAAUCCAACUUUCAUUGCAGACGAGCCCCACCCAGAUUACGUUGUCGGGGAGGAAUUUACACCGACGGGGAAGGGAGCAGAAUCACAAACCCCUUUCGGAGGUGCCCCCGUCACUCCUAGUGAACCCCCACCAGAUUAUGACGACACUUUCACAUCCGACAGAGAUUCUCCUGUGAAAUCGAGCUACUUGUCAAAUCAAAAUCUUGGUCCGGGUCAAAUUUCUUACCAAGAUGGGAAGGAGGAACCUCAUCGAACAAUGUGGGGUGCUAGAGAGCCAGAGGAUCCAUCAGAAGCUGGGGCUGAGGAUGGUCGUGAUACUUGGGAUAACCCAAUUGAAUUUUUAUUAUCCUGUAUCUCGAUGAGCGUCGGCCUCGGAAAUGUUUGGCGUUUUCCUUUUGUGGCAUAUAGCAAUGGAGGAGGUGCUUUUUUGAUCCCGUACCUCGUCGUCCUACUCCUCAUCGGACGACCAAUUUACUACUUGGAAAUGUGCAUGGGCCAAUUUUCACGUUAUGGUCAAGUGAAAGUGUGGGCUAUGGCACCUCUCUUCAAAGGAAUUGGCUACGGUGCUAUGGUCGGCACGAUUUGCGUGGUAUCCUAUUAUUGCAGUAUUAUGGCCCAAACCAUUUUCUAUCUUGCGUCCUCCUUCCAAAAUGACCUUCCUUGGUCGGUAUGCAACAAAAAUUGGGGUGGCGUCUUAUGUAUGAAUGACGGCACACUUAAUUCUACAGCCAAUGUAAACAAUAGGAGUAUUGCAGAUUUAUUCUACACAAUGGAAGCUUUCCCUGUCAAAAACAGCAUCGAUGAUGGGCUGGGUUCUCCUGAGUGGCGUCUUUCACUUUGUCUUCUUUUUGCCUGGAUCCUUAUCUUCUUGUCUCUUUGGAAAGGUGUCAAGUCAUCGGGGAAAGUCGCAUAUUUCACGGCUAUUUUCCCAUAUGUCGUUAUGCUAAUUUUGCUAAUUCGUGGUGUAACGCUGAAGGGGGCAGGGAAGGGCAUUUUAUAUUUUAUUGAACCUCAAUGGGAAAAGCUCUAUGAUCCAAAGGUGUGGUAUGAGGCAGUGAGUCAGUGCUUUUUCAGUCUGUCGACUGGAUUCGGGCCUAUAAUCAUGUUCUCUUCGUAUAAUCCAUUCAAACACAACGUUUACAGGGACGCUCUGAUCAUCAGCUUUAUGGACACGUUCACAAGUCUUUUAGCAGGUUGUACAAUUUUCGCUGUGCUUGGAUACCUGUCAGAAGAUCUUGGUGUCCCAAUUGAAAAAGUGACAACUCCUGGAGGCGGCCUUGCCUUUGUAACAUACCCAGAAGCUUUAUCUAGCUUCCCCGUUCCACAACUAUUUGCCGUCCUCUUCUUCUUGAUGCUUUUCACCUUAGGUAUUGGUUCUGCGACAUCUCUGGCUGGUGGCGUAAUUACCAUAAUUUGUGACCAGUUCCCCAAGUUCCUUCGCUGGCAAGUGACAUUAAUCGUCUGCAUUGUCGGUUUCUUCUCGGGUCUGAUGUACUUAACCCCUGGUGGAAAUUUCAUGGUUGAUUUAGUGAACGAGUUUGGUGCAAAUUUCGUAAUAUAUGUGAUUGCGAUGUUGGAGGUGGGGGCCGUUUCUUGGGUCUACGGGUUAAGCAACUUUUGUAACGAUAUCGAAUUCAUGCUGAACCGGAAAGUGGGAUGGUAUUGGAGAGUGUGCUGGGGGUUCAUCAUCCCGGUGGGCUUGUUUGCCAUCCUAGUCUACUACAUGGUCACAAGAGAAACUUUCAAAUCGGGUGGGGUAGAGUAUCCGAACAUAGGCAUUAUUUGUGGCUGGCUGCUAUCAGCCUUUGCCAUUUUACUAGUUCCGGCCUUUGGGCUCCAUUCAGUCCUCACUAGAAAAGCAGGGACCUUUUCUGAGAAAUUUAUGGAGUCUCUAAAACCAAGUAAACAUUGGGGACCACAGAAUCCGAGAUUAAGGAAAGAAUGGUUGGAUUUUAAAUCACCCAGAUAAAAAAAUCGUUCGACCAGGAGAAAAAUUAUGAAAACUUGUACUACUUUCUCUUCAACUUUCUUCCCUAAUUAUUUUCAAAUAUCACAAAAAAACGACGUGUUUUAAAUUAUGGUUAUGCAAUAUAUUAUAUUUUCCCAUCAUGUUAAAAUUAAUAAAAAUAUAACAAUUUACUAAA